UUGCUCUUCGCCUUGCCCAGAGCUCAGAGCUGACAGUCAUGACGGCCACAGUGGCAUCGUGGAGGGGUUUCAAGCUUAUCGAUUGCAACCUUGGAAUUGCUGUCAGGUUGCCCCGACCCCGGACCCGAGAGGCCGAUCUGACAGGGAGUGGGGGUUAACAACCAAGCCACCACUAGGCUUUAAACCAACCACACUCUGUGGCUUGUGGGAAUGCCAUCUCAAAAUCCAUCCAUCCAGCGCCGGCACUGUUCAGGAGGCAGGUGCCUGUCGUCGCGCGCGCGAACGGGCCCCUCGCAUUGGAUUGUGCCACUGUUCAUGCAACUCGUUUGCGAUUCAGGCUGGCUCGAUCAGUGGCUCGUACCAAUCGGCAGGAAGAUGUCGCGCCAGGUCUGAAACAGGAGACGACUGGAUAAGGGGCAAAGGUUGCAACACCCGACGGCGUGCUUCAAUCGGCUUGACAGCUUCUCCAGUUCAAGAGCUCUUGAUGGAGUAAGCGCUGCCGAAUUGCUCUAGAAGCAUCAAGGCAAACUCAAUUCGGGGGCUGCAUUGACGAAUUGAGUGCCUGUGCUGCGCUGUUCCUGAGCUAGGCCGCGGUGAAUCCACCGAACCGCCUCACGGGUAAGCCCCCACCUGUUUAGCUGCGUUGCGUUUGGGUACAGAAAGACUGCCCAAACGACAUCAUUCUGGGCCUCUCUGCAUGAAGGGUUUUUUGCUGGUCCUUGAUGUCUGUAUUGUGGCCGCGAAGAAGGCUGGGUUGCCCCUUUUCCUUUAUCUCUUUUGAGCAAUACUCGGGACUGAUCACAGGUCAGAUGAACCGUCAUCUAUGCAAGAAGUGGUGUUGUGCCGGCAUUGGCUUCUUUUUUUAAAUGAAUUGAAACGCGCUUCGAGCUGUCUCCUGACCAACCAAAGACGCGCUUCAAGUCAAGUUUCGUGUUGAGGAUGCAGUUUGUUGUGCCACAUCUCCCCGCUUUUCGAACCCGGAGGGGUCAUCUCCAGCGGUUCUGUCAGCCACUCAGGGCACUCUGUAGCAAAUCGGGACAAACGGGCAGCUCCGCAACCAAGAGCGGGUGGAGGGGCUGCUGUGGCUCAUAAGUGGGCUCGUGGGCUGCGGGACUGCGGGCCCGGCAACAGGGCAACGCAGAGACUAGCGAUGCAUCGGCGCCCAAAAACCUCCAACCAAACACCAGUCCAAGCCAUCCAAAUUCGACUUUUCCCUGUUGACAGCGCACACAAAUUUUUCUUCGAAUCCCACGAUUCCAAGCCGGCCACGAAGACCGGACUCCCGUCGACUACCGUGGAUCGGCCUCACCAGCCCGCUAGCCCCCGCUGUUGCUAGUGCGCCGUUCUACAGUUCUGCCCGUCAGCUUCAUCCGCUCUCAUUCGUGCCCAACGGCGCAGCGCAGCAGCAAGCAGAGCCCACUUUGUUGACAAUCCUGAGGGACGCUCGCUGCCCGUCCGAGACCCAUUCUUCAUCUCUUCAGUUCUCUUUUCUUCACCGCACCCCCAACACUAAGAGCCCGGGCAACAGCCUCCUUUGCCUCGUCUUCACCGUCCCGGAACGAUUGGACAGAACUCGACCUGCUUGCAACUGUCAGCUAACAGCCAGAAGAGCCGCCUCCGAGACCACCGACAGCAGGGCAACAAGCCGCUACACAUUUUGCAGACUCUGCACCACCAAUUGGACCAACCCCGAGGAUACCAAGGGCCAACUGACACCAUGGUUUCCUUUUCGUGCGAGGCCUGUGGAGACAUAUUCACCAAGAAGAAACUCGACCCGCACCGCAACCGCUGUCGAGGUGCUACCUUUACCUGCAUCGACUGUAUGGUACAUUUUCCUGGCACAGAAUAUCGCUGGCACACGAGUUGUAUGAGUGAGGAACAAAAGUAUCAGGGUGCCCUCUAUAAAGAGAAGAAGCCAAAGCAGCAGCAACACCAGCAGCGCGUUCCCCCUCUCGCACCACCUCCUCCACCUGCCGCCAUGGCUCAACCAGCAUAUGUCGAAUCAGUCGCCGAGGACGACAACUGGAAGAAUUACGAGCAACGCAGUGACGAUGAUAGCCGUUCCAUCAACCUUCCGGAAGCGCCUACCCCGCCUUCUGCCGUGGACAUGGGAGGCAACGUGAAUGUCUUUGAUUUCAUGGUUGACAACCCCACGCCAACCGCUUCCAAUGUUUCGCUUCCCCUCCCCGUCCCUACUCAGGUUCCAGCAAACGAGGAGAUGUCCCUCGUGCGGUUUGACCCGGAGGCCAACGGUGGCGACAACUUCGAAGACCAUGCCCUCAUUCACCAAGAAAAUGGUGCUGUAGCCUUGAACCAGUUCCAGACACCCGCGCCAAAACAGCCCCGGAGAAAGACCAAGGACAGCGAAAGUAGCGUCAAGAAAGACAAGAAGCGCAAGAGACUACACAUCGAAACCGACCAGGUCAUGAUCGAUGCCCCACCAGUAAUGCACUCCGGGUUGACUGGUGGCUUGAAGGGUCUUAUGAGCAGGUCGUCCGUAUUCCCACCAUCUCCAGACUAUUCUGGAGACAAUAUUGCGACACCAGCAAGUCCUUUGAAGAAGACCAAGUCGUCCAAGCAUCACCACAAGUCCCUUGCGCGCACGACAACCGAGUCUUUGAGCAACGGCCUGAUGGCCAUGAUUGCCGGACCUUCCAAGACGAAGUCGUCCAAGAAGAAGGCCAAGACCAGCUCCAGCUCCAAGGACUCCAAGAAGAAGAGUUCCAGCUCCAGCAGCCCCAAGCGCCUUGAAGGCGGCAAGGAGCCAAAGCUCCUCGAAUACCGACCUGGAUCCAAGGAUAGCAAGGAGGGUGAUGUGGCCAGUGGCCAGAUGGUCAUUUACAAGCCUGCCGCCGACCACUUUUUGAGCCUUGUUACCAAGGGUCCCGAGAGUGAGAAGGGAUGCAGCGUCAACAAGGCACUUAAGAGGUACCACCGUGAGCGCAGCAACUCGGGCGUCAGCCUCAGCAAGUUGAUGGAAGAGAAGGAGUUGUUCAAGACUCUGCGGAUGAAGAGGAAUGACCGGGGAGAGAUUGUGUUGUUUACCAUUUGAAGCGUUAGCAUGGUGUCUGAGAAGCGUGUAUGCAUAUGGGAAACGGGUAGCAUCCGGGGGCUCCGUGGCAUGGGGCCUGGGUAAUAACAUCAUUCCGAUCUGGGAGUUAAGUGGUGAGACAUGAUGGGCAUAUUGUGGGCAUACGGUUUUUCUUCUUCUUUUUCUCUUGAUGAUACCUCUCGGCGAUGGACGUGAUGCAUUCUUUUGGUCGUUUCCUUUUCUUCUCACACGGGGUGCAAAGUCGCAGACUCACCUUGAUUUCUUUUGUGGUUUGGUUGACUGGGGGUUUCUUCAUCUUUUCUGGUCCGCGCAAGCUGGCUAUUUCUCUUUUCCUCUCUAAUCUCUCUAAUAGAAGUGGGAGCGAAAGAAGAUGGAUUGCUUGGUGGACCCUGGUGGUUUUUACCGGUUUUCUAAUAUCCUGAUUUCCAUCUUUGUGUUUUGUUUGGUUAAGUUUUCGAUUGCAGUGUUCCUUUCUUGUAUUAUUUUACAAUUUGAGGAAGAGAAGAAAGAGAGACUAAGGACAAGCAAAACUAAUGGUGGUGGUGGUGGUGGUGGUUGAAGAGGGGGUUACUUGAUACCUUUUCUUGCUGUACUGCCAUUUUUUUUUCGAAGAAGAAUCAGGAUAGAUGUUUUUUUUUUUUUGAUUGGAGUGAAUAUCUGGGGAGGCUUUUUUGAUUGCUUUUGUUUUUUCUCGACAGUGGUUUUUUUUUUUUUUUUAAUCUUGUGUGAAAUCUAUGAUUGAAGUCGUCUUUAGCAGAUGUAUAACGUAUUUUUAUACUUGAGUUGUUGCAAUUCAAAGCAAGCAGAAUCAUUACUAGUUGAAUUUUGGACCAUGUCUCAAACAA